AUGAACCCCAAGAGCUGCAAGGUAUGCACAUUUUCUAAUUAUGUUACUGUUUUUCUGGCAGUUCCCAAACCGGAUCUAGAUUCCUAUGUGUUUCUGAGAGUGAAAGAACGACAAGAAAACAUACUGGUGGAACCAGAAACAGAUGAACAGCGGGACUAUGUGAUUGACUUGGAGGAGGGCUCGCAGCACUUGAUCCGAUAUAAAACCAUUGCACCUCUGGUUGCUUCUGGAGCAGUACAGCUAAUUUAAAACUGAAAGUAAACAAGCACGAAGACGUGGAUCACUUUGUGCCUACGGACAAUACUGAAGUAGUUCUCUAGCCUACUCUCCUGAGAAGUCAGGCUUUUCUCAGCAGUGCUGUGGAUCACUCAGGCAGGAUUCCUAAUAUUGCCAUGUGUGCUCCUAACUUGCUGCUUUAGCCAGAUCAGCAGAUGGGCCACUGCUGUUUAUCCUGCAUACUAGGCAAAUAAAUGGAGAGCAUGCACCUUUC